UUUAAUAAAGAGAAAAUAAAAAACCCAAAAAGAAUGAAAUAUUUUCACUCCACCGUAAUGGAACGAAGAUCUACUCCAUCGAGCCUUUCGCCGAUCAGCUGGGUUUCGCCAAAAUCUACUCCGUCGAACAUCGAAAGAAUCGGUCACCGUCGGGAUGGAACGCGUGUCGCUCACCGAAAUCGACAUGCGCGUCGACGAGCGAUUAAUUGGUUGUCUCCAAAUUGAUUGGUUUCGAGGAUUCAAACGACGAGAGGAGAGGCAACAGAUAUACAGUUCACCUCUUCUUAGACGGAGAAUAUCACGUGAUGGACGAGGUGGCCCACAUGUGUAACGAUUAUUGGCCAACGGCGAGGCAGCUAUGGAAGCCUGCGGUCGUGGUCGUCGAGCUUGGUGUCACCGAUUGCAAGUAUCCGUUGUACCGUUGGAUUUCUUACACGUGUAACAAAUCAAUCCAGCUAUCCAGCUGUACAGCUCCACGCUGUACACUCUCACACACACAGACACUUCUUCUCCUUCACUCUUUAUUUCUUUCUCUGCGUUUGAUCGUGUUCGUUGGUACCUCUUUCUGCAAAAAUGGGAAAUCCAUCGAGAGGAAGAAACGAUCUGAUAGAUGUUCAUCUGUCGAAUCAGGAACUCAAAGACGUUCAUCCUGCUGUUGAGGGAAAUCCAUCGAGAGGAAGAAACGAUCUCAUAGAUGUUCAUCUGUCGAAUCAGGAACUUAAAGACGUUCAUCCUGCUGUUGAGGCAAAUCCAUCGCUAGGAAGAAACGAUCUCAUAGAUGUUCAUCUGUCCAAUGAGGAUUUCAAAGAUGUCCAUCCUGCUGUUGAGACAAACGAUUCGGUGUGUCCUUCCCCACCACGUGAUAGAUUUGCAACUUACAGUGUAGGAGCCGUGAAGAGAAAUGGUGGGUGCAUAUUUUUUGCACAAGGACACUGUCCUUUCGGGAUUGACUGCUGGUUUUCUCACCUGGGUGGUGAAAGAAGUUGCAUUGGUGAAGCUAGUACCUCAAGGUUGGGUCGAUGUUUCUCAAACGAGUUGGGCUUACCGGGGAUUUCACCACCUCUUGGGAAUGAACAUGAACCUCCUUGGAAUAACCAUGAAAGAGCUGACGCUCCUUCCUGAUUUGGUGAAUGGACUUGCUCACGUUACUCUCUCUAUCUGUUUUCUGAUUGUCUUAUUGGUCCCUCUGCAGGCAAAUCCAUCGCUCGGAAGAAACAAUCUCAUAGAUGUUCAACUCUCUAAUCAGGAUCUCAAAGAUGUUCAUCUUGCUGUUGAGGUAAAUCCAUCGCUAGGAAUAAAAAAUCUCAUAGAUGUUCAUCUCUCUAAUCAGGAUCCCAAAGAUGUUCAUCCUGCUGUUGAGACAAACGAUUCCGUGUGUCCUUCCCCACUACGUGACAGACUUGCAGCUGACAGUGUAGGAGCCGUGAAGAGAAAUGGUGGGUGCAUAUUUUUUGCACAAGGACACUGUCCUUUCGGGAUUGACUGCUGGUUUUCUCACCUGGGUAGUGAAAGAAGUUGCAUCGGUGAAGCUAGUACCUCAAGGUCGGGUUACUGGUUCUCAAACGAGUUGGGUUUACCUGGGAUUUCACCACCUACUGGGAAUGACGAUGAACCUCCAGGGAAUGACGAUGAACCUCCUGGGAAUAACUCUGAAAGAGCUGCAGUUAUAAGAAACAUAGUAUGCGAACUUGAGAACCAGUCGCUCCUUCCUGAUCUUGUGAGGGAACUUUUUGGCUCCGCUGUGUACAGGAGCUGCUGCAAAGAAGGAACGCCUCGGGGUAUAUCCUGCUGGUUUCAACCAGAAGUACAAAGCCUUCCGAUUUUCAAUAACCAAUUUUUAAGUUGGCGUUCUCCAAAAAGGUCUAACUCCCCUUGGGAAGAUGGAGUUACAAGGGUUGAUAGAAGAUGGGUUCAACUUACUGUAGAAGAGAAGAAUAUUGUUGGACCUAUUCGUUCUAAACAAGAAGAGGACAUAGUAGGACUUGUCCGAGACCAGAAGGUUCACUUGCUUUGCUGGGCUUACGUGGCAGUGGACCUUGUCAGUGCCAUGAGGUUAAUAAACGGGCAAGAUGAUACAUUUGUUCCGUUAAGUGUAAGGGAGCUAUGUUUCUAUGCAAGACCUGGAGAGCGGUUCCUGCGUACAGUGCAAAAAAUAGGGCACAGGUGCCAUGAGCUUCGUGUUGAGUUUGCUUUUGACUACAUAAUGAGUACGGGAGUAAGAAGACAAGGAGGGAACGAAGAGACAUUUGACUGCGUAGAAGGUGGUUCUGGUGAAGGAGAGGAUACGGUUCGAAUAGAAGAUUACACCUUUCUUGGCAGGGAUUUCAAGGCUGCUCUAAAGAGACUUCAGUUGCAACCAAUAGGAGCAUCACUACACGUAUUUGAGGAGUACUGGGAUAUCAAAAAGCAGGGAGACAUUUAUCGCGGACCCACGAGCAACAGUACCAAGUAUUACGGUCUUCAUGCAGUUGUUGUUGUGGACGCAUUCUUCAUUGACAGUGAACUCAUUUUUUGGUGCAAGUCCAGCAGCGGUAAACAACUCCAUGAUGAAGGUUAUAUCAUGGUGUCUGCAGCCAUAAUGGUCUUGGGUCUCCAUUACGAGAGUGACAACGACGAACCAACAUUUGGCAUUAGAGACCAGCGAAGAAGCAAAACGGCACUUUACGAACCAGCAUAUCUCAUUAGUGAUUUUGUGUAUCCCAGGAUGAAGGCCAAGUCAAAGAAGGGAAAGAGAAAGAGAUCAGACUAGUGAUCACAAUGAUGGUUCGGUCUUUAGUUAAUGCAAUUUGUCAAUUUGGAUAGUCAAUUAAAUGAUUUCCAAGUGCAUGUUUUCAAGUGUCAACCGGUGAACUAAGACUGAGACAUUCAGUGUGGCAAUGAGCUGCAAUUGGAGAUACUGAGAAUAUGUAGAACAGAUUGUAAGAUUUCAUUAUAAUUGCUCUACUCAAGCGUACUUUUCUCAA